AUGGAGCAGAGGGCUCUGAGGAAACUGGUGGAAUCCAUCAAUAAAACUGUCAAGAGCUUCCAAAAAAGUGAGGUACAGUGUCUCAUCAACCUUUUUCAAAGUUUAGUAGAAAGAAGCGGUGGAAGAUUUGAUAUGGGGUUAGACCGUAACACAUUUCGAGGGGUCCUGUACAGCAUAUUUGGAAUGACUGAUGAUAGGUUGAUGAACAGAGUGUUUUUUGCAUUUGACAAAGACAGUGAUAAUUACAUCAAUGUAAUAGAAUGGAUUAAAGGAUUAUCAGUGUUUCUUCGAGGGACUUUUGAAGAAAAGCUGAAGUUCUGUUUUGAAGUUUAUUAUUUGAAUGGAGAUGGUUAUAUUUCUCAAGAAGAAAUAUUUGACAUGUUGAAGAACAGUCUAUACCAACAGUCACCUGAAGAAGAGACUGAUGAAGGAAUAAGCGAAUUGGUAGAUCUCACUCUGAAGAAAAUGGAUUAUGACAAUGAUGGAAAGAUAUCUUUUGAAGACUUUGAAACAGCAGUGAGAAAAGACACACUUCUGUUGGAGGUGUUUGGACCAUGUUUACCCGAAGCAAAGAAUUGUCUUCAUUUUGAAGCCCUGGCAUUCAGAAACAUCCUGACGUUUUGAAUGUAAAUUGCUCAAUACUGACAUUAAAAUUGAAAACAUCUUUUUUUGAAAAGUUUUUAUAUUCACUUCACUUAAUUUGUAGUUAUUGUGAUGUGAAAGAAUACUGUAUUAACAAGAAUAGUUCCCUAACUAUUAAGUAUAGAUCAAUGAAACUAUAAUAUUAGAGAAAUAGUAUGAAUUAAGUUCAAAACAUACAUUUUAAAAUAGUAGUUGGGGAUUGAAGUGUGGCUGAGUAGUAGAGCACCUACCUGGCAAGCACAAGGCCCUGAGUCCAAAUACCAACACCACCA